AUGGAAUACUUACGAAUGCUGAUGGAUUCUGGUAAUCCUGCUCCUGGACCUAAUACUAGAGAGAACAUUUGCGACAAUACCAAGGGAAGCUCAGAAGUGCAAGGAGGCACGGAACGACGUCAGCCAAAAUCUACCCUUUAUGAGGAACUGCUGGCAUUGGAAGAAUAUGGUCCCUGUCCUGCAACGGCAGAAGAAGAAGAUGAAGCACUGGCUUGUGCUCUUUCAUUGAGUAAACAACAGUAUUUGGAAGAAUUGCAAUACCGAUAUGGUACGGGAUCAGAUGAUCAUAACAACAACUGA